AUGAGAGAUCCUCUCGACGAGAUCGGAUUAGAGCAAUUUUUGCUGCGCGAGCCCACGACGGAGAAGACAUGCGCUCGUCAAGUGACCGGUGCGAUUUCGUACAAUAUUAUGGCUAUGUCGGUGCUCGUCAUCGGCUUCAAGUUCUUCAAACACGUUUGUGAGUUUCAAUUCUCUCAAAUUUAAGCCUAAAAUUGUGGAAAUUCGAGAACGUUGACGAGUUUUCGGAAAAAAAUACACACGUAUCGCCUUACAUCCCAUAAUCUCAGUUUUUUAGCGGUUUCGAUCAAAACGGGCCUUGUUGUGAACGUCAUCGCAACUUCGGUAAUCAUCGCGUGGAUCUCUGCGGAUAAGCUUCUAGCGGUCUUCAUCUACAACCUCUUCGGCCACAUUGCCCUCAAAAGAACCUACGCAAGAGUCCGCGGAUACAUUAUUCUUGGAGAGUGCAUUCUCGGACUGAUUAUCCUGUAAGAAAUGCUCUCAAGUAUCUCGAGAAGAAACCAAUCGGAUUUUCAGCCAACUCGUCUGCCAGUACUUUGACCGCGAGCAGUUGUUCCUCUCGAUCCGCGGAAUUCUGAUGAUGCACAUCAUGCGCCUGGCCACCGUUGCCUUCGAUAUUGAGCAGUUUCCGAAGAAGAAAUUGAAGUUCCCUGAUUUUGCGGCAUACGUGGAGUACGUCUAUUACCCCCCGCUUGUCGUCUUCGGACCCUACCUCACUUUCGAACAGUUUACCAAGAUGCGCAACUCGAAGUUUGCCGGACUUCUGGUACAUCUCUUUGUCUGUCGAAUCAUUUUCCAGAUUAAACUCAUUUCAGAAUGAGGUGUCCCUCGGUCUGAACGCAGUUGCUUUGAUCUUCACGGGCGUCACUUUCGGGGUCAUGUCGUCGUGCCACUUCGACAUUUACACUCCCACGUCGCAAUUCAUCGAGGACGUGGUCACCGCCAUGUCUUUCCGUUUCAGCCACUACUUCAUCGGCUUGACCGCUCAAGGUGAAACGGAAACGACAGGGAAAGUUUACUCAUUGCAGUGAUUUCAGGCUUCUUAGUGUUCCUGGGAUCCGAUGUGACCGUGGUGGACCCGAUGGAGAUCGAGUUCUCUCGCUCGAUGCUCCUGACGGUGUCCGAGUGGAAUAAGCCAUUCCACACUUUCCUGCAUCAAUGUUCGUUUAACUUCAAAGCACCAGUAGUUAAUCUCUGCUUGUUUUCAGUUGUCUUCAGAGGCCGUUUCUUCAAAUCCACCGCUCUCAAUGUUCUGCUUACAUUCGUCGUCAGCUCCCUUCUUCACGUACUGUUCUCAACCAGAGUCCUUCCAACAAACUAUUUCGUUUCAGGGACUAGACUUCCAAAUGUCCAUCACUCUGUUCUCGCUUGCGUUCUUCGCCUACUCGGAAACUGGUAUAUCCAUUUUCCUAAAAAAAUCAAACUAAAACAUUUCAGCCUUCCGCAAGCGAUUGGCCGCUCGUCUCUCGAUGUGUGUUGCCGCCAAGCCAUGCAAAUACCAUCGCAACCGCCGCACAUGCACCCACCGCGCCCACACUUCGGUUAGUGAGAGUGAGAGAGAGAGAGGGGAAAAGCCGCUGCCGUGCGUGAGUCACCUCUCCAGUUUGGCGGAAAAUCGCUGCCCUUCUCGCAAAUAUUCUUUUCGCAAUGCCAAAUACGGAGCGCAAACGGCCUGCACAAUGUGUGUUCGCGCAAAGUUUGAUUGGUUGACUCUGAUAAGAGAGCGUACCAAAAGAGGGCAGUGGUAUUGCGUGAACACGUUUAGUUUACAAAUCGUUUCUUCGCAGGGUUUUAUUCAAAGCAUUGCGACUGGAAGAAAUCGGAAAAAAUUUGGCUCGAAAAGAAUUGACACUGACUUGAGACAAUAUAUCUGCACCGCUUUGAAUGGGCUGGGCAGCCCGGGCUUUUCGAGACCUGGACCACUUGCAACAUUCAGACAGGAUUCACAUUUGGCAGGCUUCUUGGAGUUGCAUUGAUGAAUCUGGGGACCGAGUUUCAGUCUGAUCAGUUGAUCUGAUUGGGAGAUAUACUUUUCUGGGGCCAAAAAGUAGGAGGUUUUGCAAAAAUGAGGUAUUUUAGGCAGUAGAGCAGUAUAUCUUCUGAAAAAACGUUUCGAUCGGUCUGAAACUUGCUCCCAAGACACAGCAAUCCAAGUCCUAAAAGCUUGCAAACUUUGGGUUCGGAAUAUUGCAAGUGGUCCGAAAGACCAGCCAUUUGCCGAGCCCAGUCUUUUUGUUUAAACAAUUGAAUAUUAGUGUGCCCUCUGCUGCUUGAAGGUACUAUUCAUCAACAUUAACUAUCUUUUUCAGGACUUUGGAUUACGCGGCCUCAUCAACCUGUCGUUUAUGCUGCUCUCGAUGUACCAUCUCGUGUUCACCGGAAUGACAUUCACCGACGACUACUCGGCCGUCGGCUACCCACUGGACCACGCCUUCCACAUCUGGAGCACUCAUCUCCUCUCCAGCUUCUUCAUUUCAGCCGUGCUUCUGUUCCUCAGCAAGUACCUGUAA